AUGUUCCUCCCCCUCGUCCUCCUCGCUCUCGUCCAUUACGUCACUGCUCAGACUGCCACUGUCGUCAAUCCCGCCGGGCAGACGGUCGUCCAGGUCAUCACCCUCGGCGUCGACGGUCUUCCAUCUACCUCCAUCCUACAAACGCUGGUGGGCGCCGCUGACCCAGACACAACAUCUCCAUCCACUCCAACCACAACCGCAGCCACCACUACAACAACCCUCCCGCUCCAGCAAGGUCCCGUCGGACAGCCAGCACCCACCCUAGGCACACCAGGCGGCCCCACUCCCUUCACUUACACCACCACAAUCGGCGGAGAGACCAUCGUCACCACCGAUGUAUUCACCCCUACCACCCCAGCGACUACCCCCCAUACCCCCACGGCCCAAGGCACCAUCUGGGACUACUCCCAGUGGCUCAGCCAGUACGCCGCAGCCCAGUCCACAGGCUCUUCGGGAAACAGUGCAACCCCGACCACUGUCAAUGGGUGGAUGGUGCUCACUGUCGUGGCGUGCAUGUCCCUGGGUUUCACCCUCCCGCUGAAAAAUGCCCUCUUUGCGCUGUGA